AUGCGCCUACCCAAGACAUUUACGAGAUUCAAGUAUCUCGAGAAACUCGACCUGAGCAACAAUCUGUUUGAGGAGAUACCAGAGGUGGUGGGAAGGAUGCGGUGCCUUGAAAAGCUUGACAUGAGAGGCAACAGGAUACAGAGGGUGAGGAGGAGCGUUGCAGAAAUGCUCUUCGACAGCGAGAUGCUGGAGAAGAUCGACCUGCGGGGGAAUGAGCUGAGGAGGGAGAGCGACUCUGAGUGGGUUGGAUGGGAGGAGCUCGAGGAGAUGUUCAAGGACCAAGUGCUUCUGUCGCAGCUGGGAAGACCUGGGAUUGACGAUGUGGAGUGA